AUGGAUUUGGGCGGCGGCGGCGGCGGCGGCGAGAGCGAGAGCGAAGCCAACCGCACGAAGCUCUCCUCCGACGAUACCGCAGGCAAGGACUAUCUUAGCGCGCUCCCUGACGACGCGCUCGUCGUCAUCCUUCUCAACCUCAGCACCCGCGACGCCAGGCUCACCGUCCGUGACGCCCACGGGCUGGACAAUCUCGCCAUCCAUUCCAAUUCUCUACAGAAAAUGGAGCUUAAUGUGCACGGCUUGCGGCAGCUCACCAUUGUGGCACCAGCUCUUGAGGAUUUGAAUGUUAAGUUCUGCUUCUACUACAGUCGGAGCCAACCGGUUGCCAGCAUAACAGCCCCUCAGCUGGGAACCCUUAUGUGGUCAGAUUUGUAUGAUCCAAGUUCUGUCCAUCUUGGCAAGAUGGAACAUCUCAGAUUGCUGAAGCCUUUCGUCUUUAUUGUAUAUGGGAAUGACAGCGUGACACUCAAUCCAUCAUGUUUAAGUCUCUUGUGGCGUUUUAAGGUCAUAGAACAUCUUACUCUCACAUUGUUCUAUCAGCAGAACAUCAAUAACAAUCAGUACAUGAUGGAAGAUAUGACAAUGCUCCUGGACAUCACGAUUUUGCACCUGAAUGUUAUUGCAAGUGGACAUUGUUUUGGGGCCAGCUCAUUUCAUGUUCUCAAGUUGUGUUCUGGUAUAAGAAGAUUGAUGUUGAUGCUUGCUGAGGCAGAGGAACAAACUACAUGCCCACCAGGUUGCAUUUGCAUUCAGCAACAAAACUGGGAAACUGAGCACCUGUUGUUGAAUCGCCUCAAAGAAGUUGAAAUCGAUCAGUUCAGAGGAUCUGAACAUGAAUUUACUUUUGUGAAGCAGCUCUUCGUUUGGGCGACAACAUUAGAAAAGAUGACAGUAACUUUUGAUGACUCAAUUACUGAAAGCGUGGCCAUGGAGUUGGGCCAGGUGUUACAAAGCUUCUCUAGGCAAGAAACACGCAUGGAAAUUGCACGUGUCAGGAUAUGA